UCUCUCUCUCUCUCUCUCUCUCUCUCUCUCUCUCUCUCUCUUUUCCUAUCUGGGUAUAUCUCUAUUGCCAUGAUUUCAGGGUAAAGGUUUUAGCUUUCUCCUAUUUUUUCUUCACCUUCAUCUCUAGGUCUGGAUUCUUUCCCUUAUUGGAUAGAUGCUUUGGAAAAACGAUAAACAUUGGUGGGUAGCUCUGGUUAUUCUGAUUUCUUUUUUGGGAGAGAAAAUAGAGAGUGAUUCUUCUCAAAAAAAAAAAAAAAAAGAGAGUGAUUGUAGCCAAUCCAAAUUUCUAAAUUUGGCAAGAAAGCUUUUAACUUUUGGUUUUGGGGGAAACUAUUUUCCCAAUAUUUCCAUGAGAUGAGGUCAGACUCUAUUUGGGAAAGGAAAGAAUGCUUCUUUCUUUCUUUCUUUCUCCCCCAAAUAUUGCCUCUUCUUUCAUUUGGUACAUGAAAAUUAAUGCCUUCUUUGAACUUGGCUGGAUGUGUAAAAUAAAGGCAAUCUAAUCUAAUCAGAUUGUUAGUAUUUGGUAAAGUUCUUUUUUUUUUUGUUCUUCUUUUUAAAAACCAAAAGCAUGUUUUUUUUUUUCUGGGUAAUAAAGUACUCAUUUGAUUAUGGUGUUGAGUACGCUCAGUUUUCUGGGUGCACAAUGAUUUCUUCUGGGAGUUGCUUUAUAUGAUUAGGUGGGAGAUGCUUAUGGAUUCUUGGUGGCUAAGGAAGAAGCUUGCGGGUUUGUUAGAGGAUAGAUGAGUUUCGGAGCAAUUGAGGUUCACAAGUUUUGGGAGUUGAAUCAUAGGCUGUAGUGGGUGGGAUCUUAGUGACCGACUUUUAAGAGAUGAGGAAAUUUAGUCAAAUAAUUGCAACUGUUUGGAGAGGACAAGGUAAUAAAAAGAAACAUUAUUAGGAAUAAUUGACGAGAGUGAAAGAGACAGAACCAAUAGCUGGGUAAAGGUGGUAAAUCUCAGAUGGGUUGGUGAGUAACAAAUAGCAAUCACGUUGGUAUAUAAAACUGCACAGCUUUGCAGGGAAAUGGGAAACACUUGCCAUCUUUACCGGAAUUCAGGUACUGGGGUUCAAAUAAAUUGUUGCUUGCUAAUGGUGGGGACUUACUGAUGUACUAGAUUUACAAGUGAAUGACUGGUAUAUGUGGGAUACAGUAGGUGCGGGUUUGGAUUUUUCUGAUCAGAUUCUUUGUUUGGUCAGAUAUAGUAGAUUGGGAUUAUUGAAGUCGUGUUUAAGAUCUAGCAACUAUUUAUUGUCCCUGCAUGGCUGUAAAGUUAUGGACUACAAUUUAUAGCUGCAGAAGAUUAGCGGUGGAAAACUGAUUUCCUAGCAAGUGGGAUGCUCUGGUUGGCUAUACAUUUAAUACACUGGUCUCCAUCUAUGUAGGUUUUCGGCCAGGUUGCGCAGAUCUGAGAAGCCUUGCUUCUAAAAACUCGAAGAGGGCACAGUGAUUCAAUACUGUUCCUCGUACUCAUAUUCAGGAUUUGCUUUGCUUCAGAGCCCGGUCCUCUGAAACAGUGCUGCCGCACACUGUGUAGGCAUGUUCUUGUUUUUUGACAGUGUUUGCUGGGCUAGUUAAUUGAUGUUUUUCAUCUGGUGACCAGUUGCUUUUGCAUUAUCUGAAGAAGAUUUUGAAGUUGGUUUAUGAAUUCCCUGUUGAUGAUGGAGUGGAAUGAGAAGCAUCCUUCACUAUGGGACUGGGAGAAUGUUUUCAUGUUUGGAGCAAAAGUAACUGAAAAUCCGAAGAAGCUUCAACCAACAGACUGGAGUGUUGAAGGAGAACGAGGAAUGAACUCUGAAUCUUUCUGUUCACCUGGGGGUGAUGGGGGAAGUGCUGUUUCUGGCUCUGACUUAGGAGACGGUACAUCAAAGAGUUCAAAAUCAGGUUCUGUGAAUUCUUCAGUUGGGGAAAGUAAGAAAUCCAACUUCAGCCUUGAGGCUUUUGAAGGUUUCCCAAAGGAUUUUGUUGAUAAAAAACAAUCAGCUAGAGAAGCUGAAGCCCUUGGAUCUUCGCCAACUCAUGAGAUUUCAGCUGGCUCUGGUGAGCCAUUGCUUAGCCUAAAGCUUGGUAAGCGGAUGUACUUUGAAGAUGUUUGUGCAGGAAAUAAUGCUAAGACCUCUGCUGUGUCUGUUAUAUCCACACCAAUGGGAACAAAAGCAAAGAGAUUUAAGUCCAUUGGUCAAAGUACAGCUGCUACUCGCUGCCAAGUUGAAGGCUGCAAUAUUGAUCUCUCAUCAGCGAAAGAUUACCAUCGCAAACAUAGGAUUUGUGCAAAUCAUUCCAAAUCACCAAAGGUCGUUGUUAAUGGUGUGGAACGUCGGUUUUGCCAGCAAUGUAGCAGGUUCCAUGGCCUUUCUGAAUUUGAUGAAAAGAAGAGAAGCUGUCGCAGGCGUCUUUCAGAUCACAACGCAAGGCGUCGCAAACCACUGCCAGGAGCACUGCAAGAUCGAGCGAGGCUGUCCUCAUCACUGUACAGUACAGAUGGGAGGCAAGACAUGAGCCUUGUUUUGGACCAAGCCCCAUGUGUCUACUCGAGGAAUGCUACAAAUUUAUCAUGGGAUGGUGCAUGUAGCUUCAGGUUGACACCAACAAAAGAUUAUUUUCCAAAUCCUGCAAAAGGAGGAGGCACUUCCAGACAGCUAAAUUUGGCUGAAAAUCGAACUUCAAGUUCCUUAACAAUGCUUUAUCAAGAUUCUAGUAGGUUGCCACCAUCUAAGGGCACAGCAUCACAAGUUCUAAAUCGAGGUGCCGAAGAAUCUAUGAUCUCUUUCAACCUGGAUGCACCGCAGAAUCUUAAUCGUGCUCUCUCUCUUCUGUCAACCAGUUCGUGGGCUUCAUGCGAGGCAAAACCUGUUUCACUUGAUAAUACCAAUCACAGUUAUCAUACCAAAAUGCCCCGGCCUGUGAUGCAGGCAAUGAACCAAGGCUUGCCAUUGUCGUCAGAAUACUGGCAAAAUGAACAGCCAUCCCUCAACACCACCCAAGUGAAUGUCUCGCAUUCACAGAGUAAUGGCAGCAACCAAUAUCAGGAUCUUCAUUUGUUCAAGGGGCCCUAUGAGUUCGGCUAUAACACCAACCAUUUCAAUUAAACUCUCAACCCAGAGGACUGUUCUUGUGGCCUUAGAAUCUCACCUUUCUUAAGGAACCUCGAAACUGCUUUGGUUACCCCGUCUUGCUCUAAUCGCAUAGAAGAACUCGGUGGAUUCAGAUUGCGGUGCGAAUUCAUGACAUGAUAAUAAGUUUGACUUGUGAACUGUUUGUAUUUGUCUUACUCGUGUAGAAUGUUCUGAACUCAGACUUAACGGCGAUUCGGGAAACCCCUAGUUAACCUCUUUCUAAGAAUGCUCGACUGGUCUUUUCUUUUCAAAUCAAUUACUAUUAUUCCUCUA